AAAGUGGUUAUUCCAUAUACACCACCUGCGCUGGCGAGUCCCCAGUGAUGUUUAAAGAACCUUGCAAGCACUUUGACCAUAUGUGGACAACUUGGUCUUACCCAUACACAUCAGUAAAUUUUGACGAUCGAGCAUGCUGAAAGAUCUCUUUCCCCCCCCCCCUCCUCCUUGGCCUUCAAAUAAGGAUCAUGAGCUGGGGGGACCCGUGUCAAUUUCCUCGUCCUUCCCCGAUCCACUGUGUCUUUCUUCAUCGAUCCAUCCUAAUCUUUGGUCGUCGGCAAGCCAUGUCGUCCUAUGCUAAGCUAGGUGCCCUUACCAUACAACUGGACACCCCGAUACAGACAGUCACGGCCUUCGAUACCGCCGCCUGCGAAUUCAAGGGGUACCUUAUCUUGGACUCCUCUCACCUUCGUUCCGGAGCCAUGGACGCUCUCAAGGCCAUAAACAACAUCCAGACGACGGUUGGACCAUUUAUUUUGAAAUUGCAAGGCGAAUCCCCAGACAUGACGCCAUUUUCUUAUACCGCCUCCGAGGAAAGAGCACCAACCCCGCCCGUCGUUAUCGCCUUCGCUCAACGCAUUCCAGAUCACCGUCGAGGAGACGUCACGCCAUUUUUCGUCCGUCUACCUCGGCAUUUGUGGCCGACGCACGUUGGCGAGGGAAGAGUAUACCAGCUGCACGCUACCAUCACCGUCGAAUUCACAAACAUGUUGUCGGGGAAACUGAUGGAACGGGUCACUCGCGACGCCAGAACUCAGUGUCAAGUCUAUUUGGCGCAAUAACAAUAACUACAAUUCCCUCGACGUUCCACGCUGUCGAUCAACUUAUUUUGUUUCUUUUUUUUUCUUGUUUGUUUGACGGGACUGCUUAAUUUGGGUUCCAAUCAUGGAAUCCGUCCAUUCACUCCUUUAAACAUGUUCGGAUCAGACCGAUGCGAGGGCAGAGCAUCAGAAAUCCGAUAAUGGGGG